CACUUCCUCCGCCCACCCCAUCUGUCCAGGAGAAGUAAAAGGCAGCAGUUGGGCCUCUGCCUCCUUUGUCCAGCUCCCCAAGCCUGAGCCUACCCUAUGGAGCGCUGAGGACAGCGGACCCAAGUGUCCCUGCCCACUCGGCCCCACCAUGACUCAGCCUGGCCUCGGGUCCCUGCUGCUGCUGCUGCUGCUGGGACUGGCUGGUGCUGCACCUCUCCCAAAGCAGGAGGUCACUCGAUGCCUUGAAGAGACACUCAAAGACAAGCUAGCCCGGGAAGGUCCUUGCACACGGCUCUUCCAAGAAGAUGAACAGCUCACAUCCCUGCUCCAGACCCUAGAGGAGCUUAGGCAUCAAGAGAUCUCCAAGCACCAUCUGGGUCCUGAGAGCCAGGCAGAGCGAGAGGAGCAGGAGGUGGAAGAAGAGGAUUUCAGGAAGAAAAAGAGGGGCCCAGGAGAGGUUGAGGGGGAGAAGAGGUUGGGCCAGGAGGUGAGGGAAGAGGAGGAGGUGAAGGCCAAGGAACAGGAGGUGAAGGGUCAGGCCAGAGUUCAAGAGGAGGAAGAAGAGGACAAGAAGAGAAGGGGACCAGCUGAGGCCUGGGUCUCUGAAGAGUCCUUGGAUGACCUCAGGAAGCGGAGAGCAGAGGGGGCCCAGGGCUCUGAGGACGAGGCAGGGGCUUGGGGCCGGGGCCAGGGCCAGAGCUGGGGCCAGGGUGUGGAGAAGCGUGUGGCAGAGAAGGCUAGUGAUGAGGAGACAGCCCAGUUUGAGGAGGAGGAGAAGGGGGUGAGGGUGUCAGGUGGGGGCUACAGCUUGUGGCAGGGGGCUGGCCCAGCCCACAGACACCACCACCACCAGCCCCAUCCUGAACAGGAAUCUGAAGAGGAGGAGGAGGAAGCAGAGAAGAAGGAACAACAUGAACUGGAGCGCCUGGAGCAGAUGGGGGAGGAGCUGAAGAGGGCAACUGAAGCGCUAGGCAGGAGGGGCUGAGGAGCAAAGGUGGCCACCUCCACCUGCCCCACCUGCUCUGGCUCCUCUCAGCACUUUGGGCUCUGGACUGGUUCCUGCCCUUCUUGCUCACACCCAGGAGCCCCUCCCCAGGUGGUGGGGGGAGGGGGCAAGAGAGGGUCACCAAGAAAACAGACUUGGCGGUGGGGGUCAGAGACUUCUGCCCCACCCGCUCCUUCCUGCUACCCCCUCCCCACAACAUGAAUA